AUGAGGGCUCAGCUGCAAAGCAUGAACUCCAAAGUCCAUAAGGCAACCAGCGCAGCACCAGAGAUCGAUCGUGUACUCCGCGAGACCCAGAAUACACCUUUUACAACUCGUCUCCUCAGUAUCCCAGUUCGACAUCAGAAGAACAAAAUCAAACUCCCGACUUAUAACGGAACAUCUGAUCCAAGAGAGUAUCUUACUGCCUUCAGCAUCGCAACAGGGAGAGCCAAUUUCUCACCAGAAGAACGCGACGCCAGUCUCUGUCAAUUGUUUGUGGAAAAUUUGAGCGGACUCGCCCUCGGUUGGUUCUCCCGCCUUGAAACCCAUUCUAUCGACAACUACAAUCAACUUUCGACGGCCUUCCUCAAACACUACUCGUUGUUUAUCCAACAGAGUGCAACUAAUGCCGACCUAUGGACUCUAAACUCAAGAACCUACGAAACACUACGCUCGUACAUCGACAAGUUCAGAGCCAUUGUUUCUCGCAUCACCGUACUUGACGAAGCAGCAGUCCACGCACUCCGAAACGGUCUUUGGCACGAAUCACCAUUCCGAGAAGAGCUCAUGAAGUAUACACCACAGACUCUGGAAGAUGCACUCCAUCGGGCGAUAACUUUCAUCGAAAUCGAAGAAGAUAAAGCUGCAUUCAGCAAAAAACACGCAGCCACCAAAAAAUCAUCUUCGAAAGAUAAAGAGCCUAACGAAUACUACAAACCUAGACAGCAUUAUGACAAAACGUACAUAGAUGGAAAGAGCAGAAAAGCACCCAAUUAUCAAAUCAGCGACCAACCAUCCAGUCGCUCCACAGGAAAGCAGGCUCGCAACAGUCAAGGAUCAGAAGAUGCCCAGGCAUAUUGCAGUUCUAUAAAAAAUAUAAAAAAUCUACCUAAGAAGAAGGCGCAAGCAAGAAGACCGGCACACCCCUGA